AGAAGAAGAAAACAACAACGAAGGCGCACAGUUUCACGCACUCAUGAAAGUUCUGCUGUGGAUGUUGUAUCCCGGCUCCACUCUCACGUAAACCAAGUACGGCCGGCACUUGGACCGUCUGUUGGUGUUCACUCAUUGGGGAAACAUGUAUCGCGGUCGGCCUCCACCGAGGAGACCUUACCCGCCAUCUUUCGAGGGCCGCGGCCGACCGCCACUGCAGCCUUACCCACCACCAGGCCGCGAAAGGAGCCGAGGCAGACCUCCACACCACUACGAGCCUUACCCACCAUCAGGCCGCGGAAGGAGCCGAGGCAGACCUCCACACCACUACGAGCCUUACCCACCAUCAGGCCGCGGAAGGAGCCGAGGCAGACCUCCACACCACUACGAGCCUUACCCACCACCAGGCCGCGGAAGGAGCCGAGGCAGACCUCCACACCACUCCGAGCACCACGACCACGGCUAUCCGGACCACCGGCGCUCGCCGCCGCACAGAAAAUACCCUCCUUCGCCCUCAAGAGACUACCAUGGUCGAGGGCACUCGUCCGGAUCUCCGCACCUAGAGAGGUCUCACUCGCCCCGCCCGGGGCAUCCCAUCAACCACAACCUCGUCAUCACUGUUGGCAACGAGCUCACAGGCUCCUCCUCGCAUCACCACGACAGGGACCUACACCGCAAGUAUGAGCACAGUCACAGCCGAGAACGAAGUCCGGACCGGAGCCGGGCAAAAAGUCGAGGACGCAGCAAGAGCCGGGCGAGGAGCAAGAGCCGGGCAAGGAGCAAGAGUCGCAGUUUGGACCGCAGCCGGGCUAAGAGCCGGGGUCGCAGUAAGAGCCGCCCUCGCCUCAGGUCUAGAUCCAGUUCCAGUUCUAGAUCCAGGUCCAGAGGGAGGAGCCAUGGUCGGUCCUCGCCAAGUCGGAACCGCAGCAAAAGCAGGAGUAGUCGAAGAAGCUCCAGCAGUAGCGCUGAACGAGGAAGCAGGAGAAACUUGAACCAGCUGCGAGGCGUUGGCCGCAGGAAGGCGCUGGAUAACACUUGGAGUCUGCCCACCAAGUCCAUACUGAAGAAACACGGCGAAAAUGAAGACUCGCCACCACUAAGGAGCACAGACUCGCCGAGAGAAGCGGCGGGGUCCACCAUUUCUACCGUGGCCGAGCAACUGCUGCAGGCUUGCAGAGGGAUGGAGCCGGCCGCCAUGGCGUCCAUGUUGAUGCAGCUGCAGUCCGACCCGCUGAUCGCUCAGAGUGUGGACAUCAAAGAGAUCGUCAACCUACUGGACGCCGGCAUGAGCGGAACAGCAGAGAGCCCAGAAAAGACGGCGGCGGACAUGGACGACGAGGAGAAGUUCCUGUACGGGGAGUCUUUGGAGCCCAAAUAUUCGGCGCAGUCUCAGCCGGCCCAGAGCCACACGUUUGAUCUUACCGAGGACGUAACGGAGGAGGCGCUGUACAGAGAUUAUCUGCCUCGCGCCGCCUCCCCCAUGUAUGGCACCCCACCUGUGGCGUUGCCCCACCUCCAGGCCCCUCCUACCACCAGCGACGUGGACGCUAUCUGGCCUCCCUCCGGCCUCAGGCCCGACAGCGCCGCCCCGGCGUCGACUUCUGCCCCCGAGUCAGAAGAAGUGACGCACAAGCAGGAUUUGGACGAGUACCAGAACAUCCAGAACUUGCUGAAAACCAUCGGCUUGGACCUCGGCGUGACCGAGAUAACUAAAAUGGCCGCCAGGACCAAGGAGCGGCUGGAGGGAAACAAGCCCGCCCGCAAGACGCCAACGAAGCGCAGACGCCACUCGUCCAGCAGUUUGGAGGAAAGCCGCGGGAGGCGUAGCCACAGUAGUAGUAGCAGCAGCAGCAGCAGCUCGGACUCCAGCGGCGACGAUGCCGCACGCGCUGCCUCCAAAGAGUCGCAGCAGCAAGCGUCCGACACCCCGACGGCACCGCCCAUGCUGCCCUUCCCCUCCUAUCCCCCACCCCAGGUGCACAACAUGAUGCCCGCCGCCUACCAGCCCGCCGGCUACAGCCAGUACGGCGGCUUCGGGCCAUACACACAGCCGCAGUGGUCGCCCAUGUACCCGGCGCCCAACAACUUCCACCCCUCCCUGCCGUACGACCAACAGCCACCCCCCGAGUGCAAGGUCAAAGCAUCUCCCGUCCUCGUCCAGGUGUCGAAGCAGGAAAACAAUGAGAGCGAGAAGCAGAAGGUACUGGAAGAGCGUGAGAACCUGAAACAGGAGCGGGACAUGCGGAUGAAAAAGAAGGAAUACUUCAUUAAAGAAUUGGAGGACCUACGCAAGCAGCAAGGUGAGCUGCUGAGGAAGAAGAGGCGAGAGAAAGACGGCCACAAAGACCCGCUGCUGCAGGAGAUCGGCCGCGUGCAGGAGGACAUCAUCAAACGGAUCUCCAACCUCCGCAAGGAGCACGAGGCCGCCGAGAAGAAACACAGCGAGAUCGACAAAGUGGCGCUCAUCCUGGGGCUGAGCGCUUCCGACCGCCCCCACAGGCUGGUUGACGCGCAGGAGGACGACGCUUCGCAGCCCCGCAGCAAAAUGCAGGCGAACGAGCACAGCCCUGGACGCCAACAAGAUGGCAGCAUGUCUCAGAAGCAGAAAGUCCCGGAACCCAAGCCGCCGGUCAUUUCACAGACUCCGCCCCCUGACCCGUUUGAGUACUACGACGCCGGCAACCACUGGUGUAAAAACUGUAACACCACCUGCGGCUCCAUGUUUGAUUUUUUUACCCACUUGCACAGCAAAACGCACUCGAAGACGCUGGACCCUUACCACAGGCCUUGGGCUUUGUCGCCGUCCAAAGUCCUUCAGAGCAAACCACCAACAGAAGAGAAGCUAACAAAACCAGCCAAAGGUUCGGAAUUCCUACUUCCUGUCCGAGGAUUUUUCUGUCUGCUGUGUAAGAAGUUCUUUGGAGACAGCAUCUGUGCAGAAGAGCACACUACCACUCACUUUCACAACGACUGCUACAAGAAAAAAAUGUACGAGAAUCCGCUGUACGAGCAGAGAAGGAACCUGGACCGGCAAGCCGGGCUGGUCGCCGACGCGACUGCAAAGAAGCUGAAGGACAAAAGCGGCAAAAAGAAAGCCAAGAAAGAAAAACAAGAUGAAGAGCGUGCAUUGAAAGUGGAACAAGAGGAAGAGAAGGCAAAAGCUCUGAAGAUAGAGGAGGAGUUCAAAAUGAGCAAGACUCGAGAUGAGCACAGUCCUUGUCCCAGCAAGAAAUACAAGGAUGAAAAGUAUGAGUCCAAGAAGAAGGACAAGUACUAUCCUGACAGAGAGGAAGAUGUCAGGCUCAAGUACAGCAGGAGAGAUGAGGAGGAGCCGGGUAUCCGUCGUUAUCGACAUCACAGACAGGAAGAGGACAAGUACGACCGACGGCCCCGAUACGACCCGAGAGAAGAGGACAAGCACAAAUUUGCGAAAUAUUCCAAGGGCUAUUCCAAACACGAGCGUGAACGAGAAGUCAGGAGCGUGGAGAAGGACACGUCGAACAAAAGCCAAGCUACGCUAGAAGCAAACAAGCAACCGAAGCCUUACGAUCCGCCCAAAGUCAUGAGUGGACCGAGUCCGGCAAUGAGAGCUAAACUCCGCAAGCAAAGUUUGGAAGCCACCAAGCACGCGGCUGUGGCCUCGGCGCCUACCUUUGAGAGGUUUACUUGGAAGAAAAAGGAGAGUCAGCUGGCUCUGGAUGCCAAGAAAGAGGCCGCCCAGUUCGUCAAGGAGGAGGAAGAAUCCUUGAAAAAAGCCAAAGCCACGAACAAAGCUGACGGCAGUUCCACUGCCGACUCUUUUGCAAAGUCCGUAGCCCUCGCCCAAGAAAUCACUCAAAAGAUGUGUGGUGAUAGAAGGACCAUGCCUUUGCCGUCAAAGGGGGUCAAACAAUCUCAGAUCCGACCCAACUUUCCUGUCCCUGCCUCAGAAUUCAAUACAACAGUCAUGACGGGAAAAGCCGCACCGUUCGUAAAACCCCAGAGCUCAGGUAGUCCAACAGAGACUAAACCUAUUUUCGCAGCUUCUAACACAAUGUUCGGUCCUCAUCCCCUUGUGGUCCCCGGACCAGUUCUGACUGUCUCUCAGCCUGCCUCGUUAGUCCCCAGCCUCGCUCCUGCUGUGUCCCAGCCUGCCUCCUUAGUCCCCAGCCUAGCUCCGGCUGUGUCUCAGCCUGCCUCCUCAUUCCCCAGCCUAGCUCCGGCUGUGUCUCAGCCUGCCUCCUCAAUCCCCAGCCUAGCUCCGACUGUGUCUCAGCCUGCCUCCUCAAUCCCCAGAUCCGCUUUGCUUGUGUCAAAUUCUGCCUUCUCAGUUUCUAAAGCAUCUCCACCCGCAUCUUUAUCGUUAACUAGUCCUCAUCCGAAACUGUCUGGGCUUGAGCCAUUGGUGGCUGACCCAGUUCCCCAAGAAUCGAAACCUAACAUGGCAGACGCCGCUCCAUUUGAAACAUCAACAAACGAGCCAGAUGUGGCAGCUCCCGGUGUCCCCGAGAGUGAGCAGACUCAGGCCGUGUUUGUCAAGCCCCCACCGUUCAUCAACACAAGUGAAGCUUCUAACACAAAGUUCGGUCCUCAUCCCCCUGUGUCUUAUCCUGCCCCACUUGUUAAAUCUCUGCAACGGUUUCCGGCUCCUCAUGUCCCACUUGUGUCUCAAUCUGUGCAGAGGUUUUCUAGUCCUCUUGGCCCAACUGUGUCUAAAUCUCUGCAACGGUUUCCUUGUUCUACUGGCCCAGCAGUCCCCAGGCCAGUUUUGACUGUCUCUCAGCCUGCCUCGUUAGUCCCCAGCCUAGCUCCGGCUGUGUCUCAGCCUGCCUCCUCAAUCCCUAGCCUAGCUCCGACUGUGUCUCAGCCUGCCUCCUCAAUCCCCAGAUCCGCUUUGCUUUUGUCAAAUUCUACCUUCUCAGUUUCCAAAGCAUCUCCACCCGCAUCUUUAUCGUUAACUAGUCCUGAUCCGAAACUGUCUGGGCUUGAGCCAUUGGUGGCUGACCCAGUGCCCCAAGAAUCGAAACCUAACACGGCAGACGCCGCUCCAUUUGAAACAUCAACAAACGAGCCAGAUGUGGCAGCUCCCGGUGUGCCCGAGAGUGAGCAGACUCAGGCCGUGUUUGUCAAGCCCCCACCGUUCAUCAACACAAGUGAAGGAUCUAAAACGUCUGAAAAACCAAAAAGUAACCUGGCUGCAGCCAAAGCCCAGGACUUAUUUGGCAUCUUCUACAGCAGUAUAGACAAACUAGGACCUUUGUCGUUUACAAAGUCGACUACAGCCAACAGAGGUGAAAAGAGUAGCACCCAGUCCAUUACCAGUCCUUCUCCAAGCCAACGAGCUCCACAACCUUCUAACACACCUCAGCAGACACAAAAUGGUUUGCCACAAACCCCAGAACCAGAGUCCCAGUUGGAUAUUCACAUUGAAUCUGCUUGGUCUUUACAGACCGGCUUGAAUUUAGCAUCUGAGAGGGUUCAGAGUGCGCAUGAUCAUGAACCUGCUAAGACAGCACCCACGUCACAAAGUCAGCAUGAGGAAAAAACAGUUUCCGGACCCAAAAUACACGAUACCCCAAUACAAGACCUUCUAGAACCUGCUGAUAUAGCAGCACCCACGUCACAAAAUCAAGAACAGGAAAAAGCAGUUCCCGAACCCAAAAUACACGAUGAUACCCCACUUCAAGACCUUCCAGAACCUGUUAGGAUAGCACCCACGUCACAAAGUCCACAUGAGAAAAAAAACGUUUCUGAACCCAAAACACACGAUGAUACCCCAAUUCAAGGCCUUCCAGAACCUGUUAGGAAAGCACCCAUGUCACAAAAUCAGGAACAGGAAAAAACUGUUUCCGAACCCAAAAUACACAAUGAUACCCCAAUUCAAGACCUUCUAGAACCUGCUAGGAUAGCACCCACGUCACAAAGUCAACAUGAGGAAAAAAAUGUUUCUGAAACCAAAAUACCAGACGAUACCCCAAUUCAAGACCUUCCCGAACCUGCUAAGAUAACACCUACGUCACAAAAUCAGGAACAGGAAAAAACUGUUUCCGAACCCAAAAUACACAAUGAUACCCCAAUUCAAGACCUUCUAGGACCUGCUGAUAUAGCAGCACCCACGUCAAAAAGUCAAGAACAGGAAAAAACAGUUCCCGAACCCAAAAUACACGAUGAUACCCCACUUCAAGACCUUCCAGAACCUGUUAGGAUAGCACCCACGUCACAAAGUCCACAUGAGAAAAAAAACGUUUCUGGACCCAAAACACACGAUGAUACCCCAAUUCAAGGCCUUCCAGAACCUGUUAGGAAAGCACCCAUGUCACAAAAUCAGGAACAGGAAAAAACUGUUUCCGAACCCAAAAUACACAAUGAUACCCCAAUUCAAGUCCUUCCGGAACCUGCUAGGAUAGCACCCACGUCACAAACUCAACAUGAGGAAAAAAACGUUUCUGAAACCAAAAUACCCGACGAUACCCCAAUUCAAGACCUUCCCGAACCUGCUAAGAUAACACCUACGUCACAAAAUCAGGAACAGGAAAAAACAGUUUCUGGAUCCAAAAUACACAACGAUACCCCAAUUCAAGACCUUCUAGAAACACCUCCAGUAACGGAUCAUGAAUCCACACCUUGUCUUAGCUCUGAAAGAAAAACUGCUCAAAAGAGAAAUCCUCCCGUUUGCACCACCCCUGUACGACAAACACGAUCCAAAACCAGAUCCCAGACCAGGCAGCAGCAUUUUCAUGUCCAGUCAGAACCAGAGCCGGCCUUGGGAGUUUCUGACUUAAACAUCGUGGAAUUCUCGGAUCAGGACUCUGGGCCACAUCAAGCACGCAAGGAGAUUCCCGAAGCGAUGGAAACAUCUGAAAAUGUGGACGUGACCCUUCCAGACUCCCAGUUGACUUUGAGUUAGACGGGGUGGGACUGAGAAUCCGGGAUGAUGAAUUCAGUCAAUGAAAUUUCCAGGGUCAUGGAUCCACAGGAUCAAACUUUUGUCUGCUGAGAAUAGUUGCUUUUGGAACGCUCUUACUUUUGAUCCCAGAUUCCAUUACAGUUUUUCCUCUGUUAUACAGGGAUUAGUCCGGUCCUGACAGAGACCCAUUCAGUGUUUUUUAUUUUAUUUAAAAAAAAACAUUUUGUCAUUCCAAAGUUGUAAAGAAAGUAGAGGAAGACCUUGGCGUGUGCUCAAUCCAGGAAGGAGAUGAAUUCCCUCAGUGUACAUAAUUCACAUCCGUUUGUCUAAAGUUGUUUUUAUUAAAAGUUCCUUUGAGGGAAAAACUGCUGCUUCUUGUGAUGUUUGAUCAAGAGUCCAGAUUUAAUAAUUGUGAGGCCUAUCGCUUUUUAAGUCGUUCUAGUCGGAUGAAUGCGAUCUGAGCGCAGGACGCAUCGCAUACAUUUCCGAUUUGAUUCCAUGUACAAACGAGGCCUGGAUCGGAUAUGAAAAAAUCGGAAAAAUCCGAUACAGGUCGCAUACGGGCAAAAAAAUCGGAAUUGACCUGCAGUGUGAGAACAAGGCCAUAGAUGGAAUUAUAGUUACCAGGGAAAUUUAGUAGUUUUAGAACAAGGGUGUCAAACUUGUUUUCAUUGAGGGCCACAUGGCAGUUAUGGCUGCCCUCAGAAGGCAUUGGUCAUUAUGUUUUAGUACUCUGUAGACUGGCAAAUCAGUCGCUAUAAUUUCAUCGUAGAGUUGUUUUUUUUAUGUUACCAUUGUUUUU